AUGGCUAUUCAACAGAAGUACAGACGAGAAGAAGUUAGUGAAGUUAGUUGUUGCCUUAAGUACAUCAUAUUCAGUUUCAAUGUGUUAUUUUGGAUGUUUGGUUUAUCUGUGAUGGCAGUGGGCGUUUGGGCAUGGACAGAAAAAAAUGCAUUUAAUAAUCUCAGUAAACUCACACAUUUAGCUCUUGAUCCAGCUUUUGCUUUAAUUUUAAUUGGUGGAAUAACUUUUAUAAUAGGUUUCACGGGUUGCAUCGGAGCUUUACGUGAAAACACAUGUUUACUUGGGAGUUAUGCGGUUCUCUUAGCUGUAAUUUUGAUACUUGAGUUAACUGCUGGAGUUUUAACAUUUGUUUUUAAAGAUUCUAUUAAAUCACAAGCCACUGAAGGACUUCAAACAUUCAUCGUUCAUUAUAGGGAAGACCCUGAUCAGCAAAAUCUAAUUGACUGGAUACAGGAAGAUUGGUUACAAUGUUGUGGAAUCAAAGGUCCUGAAGAUUGGGAUUUUAACAAUUAUUUUAACUGCUCUUCACAAAAGGUGGGCAGCCGAGAAGCAUGUGGAGUACCUUUUUCUUGUUGCAAACGUAAACUUAAUGAAAUAGUAGAAAACAAACAGUGUGGAUAUGACGUGAGGAAAGUAGGAUUUUAUGCUGAAAAAUGGACAAGCUUAAAUUUACCAACGCAAACAGGUGAAAGAAAUAUAUAUGAGAGAGGUUGCAUGCGGGCCGCUGAGGAAUGGGUUGAGGAUAAUUUUAUUGGAGUCUUAACAACAGUUAUGACCGUCACCAUAUUGCAGACCGACGAUGUCGGAAAACGAGUGGACCUCAUCAUUAAUGAAAAAGGAUGUUUGCAAUCUGGAGAAGAAUGGUUAGAAAGAAACAUGCUUUUUAUAGCUACUGUGUGUCUUAUAUCAGCUUUUUGUAAGAUUUUAGGCAUAUGCUUUGCUCAAAAUCUACGUGCUGACAUAUUUGCGCAGAAAGGCAAGUGGCACUAG